AUGUCUUCGACGACCCCGACCGUGAGUCUUGAAAAAGACCUUUCCACCCCCACCACAAUCCAUCUCCUCGUCAACAACCAGCCCCACCAAACCUCCUCGACCUUCCCCGUUCACAACCCUGCCACUGGCGACUUUGUCCACCACUUCGGCUCCGCCGCCAUCGAUGAUGCAGAUGCCGCCCUUGCUGCCGCACACAAGGCCUUUCCUGCAUGGCGGGAUACAAAGCCUAUAAAGAGACGCAACAUCUUGCUCAAGGCCGCAGAGCUGAUGGAGGUUCGUCGCGACGAGCUGGCGGGGUACAUGAUGUCGGAAACAGGUGCAUCCACAGCGUGGGCGAACUUCAACUUGGGGCUCGCCUCCGAAAUCCUGCGAGAUGCGGCGGCGCGGAUCAGUAGUAUACAAGGGAGUAUUCCUACCCCCGAAGGGGAAGGCAUCAGUGGUAUGAUUUGCAAAGAACCCUAUGGAGUGAUCCUCGCUAUUGCUCCUUGGAAUGCACCUUUCAUCUUGGGUAUGCGAUCGAUUGUCUACCCGCUAGCUGCGGGCAAUACCGCGCUUUUAAAGGCGUCCGAACUUGCACCCGCAUGCUCGCAUGCGCUCGUAAGAAUUUUCCAUGAUGCUGGUCUUCCGGAUGGUGUCCUGAAUCUCCUGGCUCACAAGCCAGCUGAUGCUGCGGAGGUUACAAAACAUUUGAUCGAUUCUCCCAUUGUUAAGAAAAUCAACUUCACGGGCUCCACAAAUGUAGGUAGGAUCAUUGGCGAACUGGCAGGGAGAAAUCUCAAGCCCGUACUUCUGGAGCUGGGUGGUAAGAACCCCGCUAUCAUCUGGGAGGACGCCGAUUUGGAACUCGCUGCAAAGGAAUGUGCGGUCGGCGCAUUCCUAAACAGUGGACAGAUCUGUAUGUCUACGGACCGCCUCCUUGUUCAUGAGAAGGUGGUCGAUGAAUUCGAGAAGCUCUUCAAGGCUGCUGUUGCGGCCUUUGCGCCAGAGGACAAGGAACCAGGGGUUCUGAUUAAUAAACAAAGCGUGGAAAAGACCAAGCGGAUCUUGAGAGAUGCGGUCAGCAAGGGAGCGACGAUAAUCUACGGCGACAUAGAAAGUGGGGUCGAUGCUAAGAUGAGACCCGUUGUGGUGAAAGGCACGACCAGGGAGAUGGAUCUCUACCACCAGGAGACCUUUGGACCAACGGUUAGUAUAAUCGUGAUCAAGAGCGAGGAGGAGGCGGUGGAGCUGGCGAAUGAUACGGAGUACGGCUUGACUUCGAGUGUUUUCACAGAAGAUUUGAGAAGGGCAUUGAGAUUCGCGAAAAACAUUGAGAGUGGUGCAGUUCAUAUUAAUGGCAUGACGGUACAUGACGAGACGGCGUUGCCGCAUGGUGGCAUGAAGGGGAGCGGUUACGGGAGAUUCGGUUCAGUUGGACUCGAGGAAUGGCUUCGACUGAAAACUAUUACAUAUAGGGAUUAA